UGGUUAGUCGCUGGCAAUACGCCCGCCAUGGACGACGUCGAGGCGAUCCGAGUUGGUCAUAACUCGAUCCCCGGUAAAACCGCGUGUUGCUCCUUACCGUUUCCCGAUGGAGAGGAUCGCGGCGGUGUGUGUAAUUAAAAAGAUAAAUAUUCUGUGCGAAUUAUCGUUAUUUAUUUACGUGGAUAAACUCAGUGUCGUUGUCAAUGACUGUAACAGUGUACCUCGAGUCUUUUGAUUAUAUCGUGGAUUCGCCCGUGUCGUGUAAUCUCUGUGUCAAUACGCGCCUCGCAUUGUUCGGGUGACGGGUGUAUCGAUAUGAUUUGACUGUAAAGAACUACGGGAAAAAACUGCGUUGCAUCCGUUGUUUUAAUACUGCGCCGAUAAGAGACCGGCCACUUCCCAGCGCGAGAGCUCAUUCUCAGAUAUAAAUCGCAGUAGGCGACCGAGUUUUGGUCCCAGUCCGGAAACCGGGUGAGAAAAGUGUUUAACGAGAAAGCAAAAUAUACCGUAUGCACACGGUUCAAGAUUGUGUCUGCAGUUCGCGGAACGAACGUUAAGUUAAGGAUUACGGUAUAGAAAGUAGCGGGUUUGUGUCGUAACGCUGUUUAAUAACAACGCGUACCUAUUCAAUUGUUGAAUCAUUCGGAUAAUUUGGACAUGGCCAAGGAAGCUUUGGGGAAUGAUGAGAUCGUCGUGAACGCUUCGUGUUUUCUCGUACAACUUUAGUAAGGAAGCGAGUAAAAGUUUGCACGUUACUCGGGUCGUGGAAGAAUAAUCGAUGGUAAACCGAUAUCUCGCAACAAAUAAUCAACGGACGAACGAAGAAGAAGAAGAAGAAGAUUACCGUCGGACGGUUGCGAUCACGUACACAGAAAAUUGAAGAGAAACGCGUCUUGUCCCACCUGGUUCGUAUUUUAAUUGUGUCGUCGUCGUGUCAGUGCGAUCCAGUGAACGAGUUUAAACGAUAUGUAUCGCUGAGCGAAUCACUCGCGUAAUUGUGAAAAAUUAGUGAAGAUUUUGACGAGAAAGGAUUAAUCGAGCAUCGUUAGUCAGGAUGAUGAUGGCUCCUCCACAAGUUGUCGGGGUGUUGUUGAAGAAGCCCGGACAACGCGAAGAUUCUCUAAUUCAUCCCAGAGUGCCGCCGUUGGAUCCACAGGAGAUAAAAAUUCGCGGUGAACUGUAUGUGGAAAACCUUGGAGAACAGAGGAUGGUUACGAUCAGGAUGGGAUGGCUUUGGGUCGAGGGAACCCCGAUGAGGCUUCCUCUCAGAGCGCUGAACCUGCGCCAAGCAACUCCAAGUAUAUGCCAGCCCCACGACUCCGCUCUUGGUUUCACCUUGAGCAAUCCCCAGAAUGGCACCCUGGCUACGUUUUGGGCCGACACAGAACCCAUCUACUGGUCCUGGGUGCGCGCUAUCGCUGCUGAACUCGUUAGACAAACACCGUUCCGGGCUCAGCGCUGUUUGAACUUCCUUGAGAUCCUGACCAUCUGCCCUCGAGGUCCGGUGCCGCUACCGGACAGUCCCACCGAGUCCAGAAGGCGGUCUCGAAGCGAACUGCGCUCCUGGUUCCGUAACUCUUCGAAGGAGCGAGAGGUGAACAGUUCGAUCACGUCAGAGGAACACCAGAGGAGAGCCAGGAGCGAGCUGCGAGGAUGGUUUAGCAAUUCGAGCGACGAAGACGUCCACCUGGAGUUUCGCAGUAUUCCUCAUAUACUCCCGAAGGAACCUGCAGCCACGAGGCCUUGGGCCUUUAGCGAGAGCAGCGAGGGUAGCGACGACAGCUUGCCCUGGGGUGGCGGCCAGUCGAGCGUUGACUCCGUCGACUCCGUCAACGGUAUCUGCAAAACAGUUCUACCAGAGCCGGAGCUCAAGGAGCAGAGGAUACAGAGGUACAAGGAGGCGAGGCGGAGGGAAAACGAGGCCCGGAGUCGCAGGGUCGUGGAGGAGGAUGCCCGGCGCCGAAAGGCCCGGGCUGAGGAGAACAACAACAUCGUGUCUCUCGCCAAGUUAACAAGGAUUUGCCGCUCUGCCGAGAGUGAGAAAAACGUCGAGACCAACAACAAUAAUAACAAUAAUAAAAAUCACAACAUAGUCCUGUUGACUUCGACGAACGGCGUGCGAGCUACGCGCAGGAACGGUUCGGUGUCGCGUGAGAAAUUCGCGAAAGAUGUCUCCUCGUGUGGUUUGACCACGGUGCGUCAGAGGUCACCGGAGUCGAGGACGACGGCGAUGACGAACGGCUCGAUUCUCGAGGGUGAAAAAUUCGAGGCGAUAAAGUCGUCGCUAGUCAAGGUGUCGGGAAACUUUGUGCGGUUCGAGGAGCAGGGGAACCUGGCCAAAUCCGCGAACCUCAUAUCGAGCCAACCGAAAACUGAUUCAGUUUCCUGCAGCGUCGGCGAACGCAGAAGCCGCGCCAGAGAACGACGCAGUGUCCGAGACAGGGGCAUGACGACGUCGAUUAAUCACUCGUCGAACGUCGAUACGCAGGUCGAAACUAUCUGCGAUCAUAAGGAACGACUAGCACCAGUUUCGUCCAGGAUUCCGAUAUACCAACAAGUACAAACUCCACCAUUCGAAGUCUCCGCGGCCACUUUGACCUCCUUGCCUACCUUGUCCUCGACAAGAUCCUCAGCACUAAAACACAGAGAAACGGCCCAACCGAAAUCCCCGACGUCCUUUUCCCUCGCCCCUGAACCAUCCGAAGAGGCGAUUGCCAGGCUCCUGAAGCGGUGUCAACGCGUCGAUCAUUAUGUUCCGGUUCGCGACAAGCUCACGCUUUUCGAAUCGUUGUCGAGACUCGGUGGCCGGCUCGCAAGAAGCACCGAGGACCUCGGCAGGGCCAAAGCGAAUCCUAGUCCCAGAGGAAAGCAACGGGCGCGUUCUCUUCACGACUUGAACAGAGCCACCAAGUCCGUUCCGGUUAGAGAAAUGUGCAGGUUUUUCGAAGGGGAGAAAUCCACCGAGGAAACUAAUGGCCAUUUGCAUAUACAGAGGCCCAAAUUCUGUAGCGACUCUGCUUUGACCAGCCGGAGUCGGACGUGGAGCGAUGGCGGCGUUGUUGCUAAUCUUAGUCUAUCAGCCCCGAGUAGUACCACGAAUAAGAAGUCAGCGACGAAAUCGACCGGCAGGAGGAGGCAGUACGUUAAAUGAACAAUCCGAUAAACGGAAAAAUGUUUGCAUUGUGUUUUGUUUCUUUUUGUAUCUGUCGAAAAGGAAUCCAUUAUUUGUUGCUAUUGAAUACACCUUUAAAGGGUGGAUUUUUGCGGUAAUGGAAUGUCUUGAAAGAAUUACCAAUGACAAGUUAACAUUAUUACGGCAGCUGAGUAAUCUUUACAUGUAUGAUGAUAAUAAAAUAUCAUCGAUGUUCGAUUGUUUAGCUUAGAUUUUGUUCUGGUUUUAAUUAUAUAUUCUUGAUGUCCCGAAAAGUCACUUCUGUAACAUUUGGAAAAUCACCAGUCGCGGGUGGUACUUUGUUAAUGUUUAUUUUUCACGCAUCAAUCACCAAAAAAGCUACCAGUGCUCAUCCAGCGGUGCUUUUUUUCCGAACAAUUAACGAUUUUUCGUUCAUCACGGCGACUGCGUUUAUUUUGACUGAUGACAACUACCGGAGUACCAAUCACAGCGUUAUCACAUGAUUUUACUUUGGUGGAUCAAUCAAACGUUGUUAUAUUAAAAUUUGGCUGUUGGAUAAUUCCUUCAAGGCACCCCAGUUCUUGAAAAGAUACUAUUUUGCACAUAUUGUGUCUUGUAGAACGUAUCGCUUUAAAUGAAAACUGAUAGGUUUACAGGGAAAUGAAAAGUAUGAGUGUGUCCGAAACGACGUUGUCGUCGCAAUUGUCAGAUACUGUGCGUUACGUUAUUAUCGGCAAUUAUUUAUCGCCAUUUCGUGUUUCUAAUUUUAUAAAAAUAUUUUGUACAAUAAAUUUUUCUUCGUUAGAUUGAAACUGCGAGGAAUAGAUAGAAGUAAUCAGUUUCACAAAAGUUGUUGAAUUUUCAUGUGGACAAUAAUUUAUAAAAAAUUGAAAGAGACUGGUAAUUUACGGGCACUAUUUAUUAUACGCGACGUUAUUACACGUAGCGUGACCUGGAUUCGCUGGGUUUCUUUCCCGUUCAGUUAUCUUUGUACAUAUUAAAUUAAAUAUUUACUUGUAUCAAGAUUGAAUACUUGUAUAACUACUCGCAGGAAUCGUAGACAAGUUACUUUUAAGAAGAAUAAAUUUCCAGUAUUGACUUCAUUCUGUAUACUUGUAUACUUGUACACAUAACUUACAACCUGCCGAGAUAGGCGAGAAUUAGGCAACAACGCCUGCAUAUAUAAUUCGGUAAUUUGCUGUACUGUGAGCAAAAUGUUUAAAGAAAUUAAUUUCUGUUAGCUAGUUGAUAGGUCUACGUAGAAAUAUUAUAAUAUCGCGGUAACACUCUUGUAGCCAUUUUCACUUUUUGCAGGAAACCACCUGUAUAUAUAUCGGAAGUGUGAGUCAGGACGAGUGUGUUUAUACGUUCUACAUAUAAUUAAUAGAAUACAUACUACAUGUUAAUUUCUUAUCCUAUUUAUUUAUUGUAUUGUACCGCGACCGGUUAAAUUCGUUCAAGUAUAAAUUCUCGACUUACUGUCGAAUAUCAAAAAUUUAAUAAGCUCAGGCAAAUGCAAUUUUUUUGCCCACAUGUUGGCACUGCUUUUUGAAUCGGAAAAUAUUCUUUCUUCGAAUACUCUACAUUAAGGUAUAUAACGUUCGUUAAGUGUGGCUGAUUGGUUACGUAACACGUUUAAUCUAAGGUACAACGGAAUAGAUGGAAUUCAAUUUCCGAAUACCCCACGAUUAAGAAAGAACUAAAAUCAAUUGAGAAAAAAGAGAAGAAAAAAAAAACAAGAAUAAAAAAGUAAAAUUAAAAAUAUUGUUAAUUGAAUAGAUAUUAUACCUAAAAAU